AGUACAAGGACAAUCCAUACAAAUUACAAACACCCCCGCCCCUUUCCGUUAAAAAUCCCUUCAUAGAACCAACCGAUCGUGCAAUCACCCAUACUAAAAGCUACUACUAUCCCCGCGAAUCCCAUCCCAUCACCAAACGAGAUCGAAUAUCGAAGAAGAUGUCGUCGACGAAGCCUUCUUCGUCGCCGACUCCUCCUCCUCCUCCUCCUCCUCCGUUUUCUUCCUUCUUUACGGCGAACUCCGCCGCCGCUGCCGUUUUCGCCUCUCGCCGCGUAAGCUGCAUCGCGCCGCUCGUCGUCGCCGCGCUCUUCGCCGCCGCCCUCGUCGCCCUCCUCCUCGACUUCCCCAAACUCUCCCCCUCCCUCCUCGUUGACUCCCCGGCCGUUGACUCCAGCGUCGUCGUCACCACGGCCGUUGACUCCCUCGGCUCGCGCCAAAAGGAGCGCUUCGGCGACGUGGUGGCCGCAUACGGGCGGUGGGACGCGGAGGUCGGGUGCGGGCGAUUCCGGGAGAAGUUCGCGCGGUGGGGGGGGAACGCGUCGGCGGUGCAGGAGUAUGCGGAUGGAGGGGCGCGGUGCGGGGAGCUGCGGACGCGCCACGUGAGCGUGGGGGUCAGGGGGGUGACGUGGGUGCCGGACAUCUUGGACGGCGUGUACGAGUGCCGCUGCGGCCUGAGCUGCGUGUGGAGCCGCAACGUGGCGGUCGUUGACGAGGUCGACGUCACCCUCUGGGAGUCCUUCAAGCCCCCCAAGACGAGAAAACAAGGGGAGCCUCUUCGCGCGUUUAUGGAUCUCGAGGCUACUAGGCGCCCCUCGGGAUUCGAGGACAUUUUCAUCGGCUACCACGCCAAAGACGAUGUUCAGGCAACUUACGCCGGAAAAACAUUCCGCAUUACGCGGAGUUAUCGCGUAGCGAAGGAAAAGAAAAAUGACACUCUUGUUUACUGGUCUUCUUCGAGGUGCUUACCUCACCGAGAUGCCCUCGCCAAAGCCCUCAUCUCCCUCAUCCCCACCCACUCCUUUGGCCGGUGCUUAAACAAUGUCGGAGGCUCCGACGUAGCCCUCGACUUCUUCCCCGAUUGCAAGAUGGAAGAGAACCCAAUCCCCCACUGGUGGGAUCACCUGCACUGCGCCAUGUCGCACUACAAAUUCGUCCUCGCGAUCGAGAACACCAACACGGAGAGCUACGUCACAGAAAAGCUAUUCUACGCCUUGGACGCCGGCUCGGUCCCCAUCUACUUUGGCACGUCGAACGUGUGGGACUUCGUCCCACCGAAUUCCAUCAUAGAGGGCUCAAAAUUCAGCUCUCUCGAGGAAUUGGCUUCCUACGUAAAAGCACUCGCGGAGGACCCCGUGGCCUACGCGGAGUACCAUGCGUGGAGGAGGUGCGGUGUGUUGGGAAACUACGGCAAGGCCCGCUUAGCGAGCCUAGACACAUUGCCAUGCCGGCUAUGCGAGUAUGUUAGCAAGAAAGGAGGGAGGAACGCGCCAGCAUCCUGAGGUUAUUGUUGAGAUAUCAUGCCUUCCAUUCAUUGGAAUAAGCACAGGUUGUAUUACGGGUUUAUUUGGAUUAUUAUUCACUUUGUUGCCUCAUCUUCCACAUGUAUAUACAAUGUUGCUUCGAUAUGAUAUUAGGGUCGGUUCUUUUGCUACUGUAAGAUUCGUAAAAUGAGAUGUUAAGUCAUUUUAUGUAAACAAGAAUUUGAGGCAUAAGUAUCACAGAGAGUAAUUAUACUGAUAAUCCUAAUAUUUUGAUGAA